AUGCUUUCAUUCAGGGAUGUGGCCAUUGAUUUCUCUGCAGAGGAGUGGGAAUGCCUAGACCUUGCUCAGUGGAAAUUGUACAGGGAUGUGAUGUUGGAGAAUUACAACAACCUUGUAUUCUUGGGUCUUGCUUCCUGUAAGCCAUAUCUCGUCACAUUUCUGGAGCAAAUACAAGAGCCUUCAGAUGUGAAGGGAAGAGCAACUACCACUAUGCACCCAGGGGGAAAAUGCUGUACCUGCAAAGUAUGUGGCAGAGUCUUUGAGUGGACAAAAGUGUUUCAAAAUCACCAGAUAAUUGAUUUAGGAGUGAAGGGCUACGAGUGUGAAGAAUGUACCAAGUACACCCAUAUUCCAUCAUUACUUCCUGAAGAGAAAACAAUUCAUACAGUAGAAAAACCUUACAAAUGUGAAGUUUGUGGAAAGGCCUUCUGCAUCCCAUUAUUACUUUCGAAACACAAGAUAAUUCAUACAGAAGAGAAUCCCUAUAAGUGUGAUUUGUGUGGCAAGGCCUUCCAACAUCCUUCAAGACUUUCCAGACAUAAGAAAAUUCAUUCAGGAGACAAACCAUACAAGUGUGAAGUGUGUGGCAAGGCCUUCCACUUUCCAUCGUUACUUUUGGUACACAAGAGAAUUCAUACUGGAGAAAAACCCUACAAGUGUGAAGUAUGUGGCAAGGCCUUCCAUUAUCCAUCAAUACUCUCUAAACACAAGCGAAUUCAUACAGGAGAGAAACCCUACAAGUGUGAAGUAUGUGGCAAGGCCUUCCACAUUUCUUCAUUUCUUUCUAAACACAAAAUAAUUCAUAGAGGAGAAAAACCAUACAAGUGUGAUGUAUGUGGCAAGGCCUUCCAUUAUCCAUCAAGACUUUCCAACCAUAAGAAAAUUCAUUCAGGAGAGAAACCAUACAAGUGUGAGGUAUGUGGAAAGGCCUUCCGUAUUUUAUCACUACUUUCUAAGCACAAGAUAAUACAUACAGAAGAAAAUCCCUACAAGUGUGAAGUAUGUGGCAAGGCUUUCGAUUAUCCAUCAAGACUUUCUACCCAUUCAAAAAUGCAUACAGAAGAGAAACCAUACAAGUGUGAAGCCUGUGGAAAGGCCUUCCGCUCUCUGUCAUCGCUUUCUAAACACAGGAGAAUUCAUACAGGAGAUAAUUACUAUAACAGUGAAGUAUGUGGUAAGGCUUUUAUUUAUCCUUUAAGACUUUCUAAACAUAAGAAAAUUUGUACAGGAGAGAAACCCUACAAGUGUGAAGUAUGUGGCAAGGCCUUCAAUGAUUCAUUAGUACUUUCUAAACAUAGGGCGAUUCAUACAGGAGAAAAACUGUACAAGUGUGAUGUAUGUGGCAAGGCCUUCUAUUAUCCAUCAAGACUUAACAAUCAUAGGAAGAUUCAUUCAGGAGAGAAACCAUACCAGUGUGAAGAAUGUGGCAAGGCGUUUUGUUUUCCAUCAUCACUAUCUAAACACAAGAGAAUUCACACAGGAGAGAAACCAUACAAGUGUAAAGAAUGUGACAAGGCCUUCCGCUCUCUGUCAUCACUUUCUAAACAUAGGAGAAUUCAUACAGGAGAGAAACCCUACAAGUGUGAAGUGUGUGGCAAAGCCUUCCACUACCCAUCGUUACUUUCUAAACACAAAAUAACUCAUACAGAAGAAAAACCCUACAAGUGUGAAGUUUGUGGCCAGGGGUUCCAUGUUCCAUCAAAACUUUCUCAUCACAAGAUAAUUCAUACAGGAGAAAGCCCCUACAAGUGUGAAGUAUGUGGCAAGGCUUUCUGCAUUCCAUUAUUACUUUCUAAACACAAGAUAAGUCAUACAGGAGAGAAUCACUCUAACAGUCAACUAUCUAAGAAGGCCUUCAUUUAUCCUUCACGACUUUCUAAACAUAAAAAGAUUCAUAAAAGAGUAAAACCAUACAAGUGUGAAGUAUGUGGAAAGGCCUUCCGCUUUCCAUCAUUACUAUUAAUACACAAGGGAAUUCAUACUGGAGAAAAACCCUACAAGUGUGAAGAAUGUGGGAAGGCCUUCUAUUAUCCAUCAUUACUUUCUAAACACAAGAGAGUUCAUACAGGAGAAAAACCAUACCAGUGUGAAGUAUGUGGCAAGGGCUUCCAUGUGUCAUCAUCACUAUCUAAACACAGGAUAAUUCAUACAGGAGAGAAGCCAUACAAGUGUGAAGUAUGUGAGAAGGCCUUCCGCUUUUCGUCAUCACUAUCUAAACACAAGAGAAUUCAUACAGGAAAGAAACCCUACAAGUGUGAAGAAUGUGGCAAGGCCUUCCAUUUUCCAUCGUUACUUUCUAAACAUAAGAUAAGUCAUACUGGAGAAAAACCCUACAAUUGUGACCUAUGUGGCAAGGCCUUCUAUUAUCCAUCAUUACUCUCCAAACACAAGAUGAUUCAUACAGGAGAAAAACCUCACAAGUGUGAUAUUUGUGGCAAGGCCUUCCAUUAUCCUUCAAAGCUUUCCAACCAUAAGAAAAUUCAUACAGGAGAGAAACCAUACAAGUGUGAAGUAUGUGGAAAUGUCUUCUGUUUUGCCUCGUCACUUUCUAAACACAAGAGAAUUCACACAGGAGAGAAUCCAUACAAGUGUGAUGUGUGUGGCAAAGCCUUCUAUUACCCAUCAUUACUUUGUCAUCACAAGAUAAUUCAUACAGGAGAAAAACCCUACAAGUGUGAAGUUUGUGGCAAGGCCUUCCAUUAUCCAUCAUUACUUUCUAAACACAAGAUAAUUCAUACAGGAAAGAAACCCUACAAGUGUGAAGUAUGUGGCAAAGCCUUCCAUUAUCCAUCACGACUUUCCAAACAUAAAAAAAUUCAUGGGGCUGGAGAGAUGGCUCAGGAGUUAAGGGAACUGGCUACUCUUUCAGAGGUCCUGAGUUCAAUUCCCAGCAACCACAUGGUGGCUCACAACCAUGUAUGAUGGAAUCUGUUUCCUCUUAUGCUAUGUAGGUUUUCGUGCCAAUAGAGCACUCAUAUAGAUAAAAUAAAAAAUCAUACAAACCAUAUUAGUGUGAAGUAUGUGGCAAUUACUUCCAAUGUCCAGCAUUAUUUUCUAACCUCAAGAGAAGUCAUUCAGAGAAACCCUGCAAGUAUGAAGUAUAUAUCCUGGCCUUCUGUUGUCCAUAAUUACUCUCUGAACACAGAAUUCACACAGCAGAAAAACUUUACAAUUGUUAAGGGCAAGUCAACUCCUUUAGAAUUUGUCAGAUUCUACUCAUUUCAAACCAGACAUAUAUGAGGAAUGUGGAAAAGCAAUCUCUACAAAUAUAUACCAAUGUUUACACAAAUUAACUCACAAUGUGGUGACAUUUACAAAUGCAAAGAACACGUCCAAAUGCUCAACAAAAACAUUAGGGGUCAUCAAGAAAUCCAUUCUGCCUAGAAACCAUACAAAUCUAAAGAAUGUGGCAAAUACUUUAGAAGUUCCAUGGCAUGGUCCCAACUCAGGAUAAUUCCUACUGGAGAGAAACAUUACAAUUGGAUAAUGUGGCCAAAACUAUUACCAGUCUUAUGGUCUUAAGCAACAGUCAAGAAUUUCUCUGUGAGAGAAACCACACAAGUCUGAAGAACAUUCCAAGGUCUUUUUUUACUUACUAAGAACUUGUGAAAAACCUCAUAAUUCCACCUAAUAAUUCCACAUGUGAAAAAUGUUGCAAACCCUUGAGUGAACUUUCUUAUAUUUCUCAACACAAGAUAGUUCAAACUGGAGUGAAAUAAUACAAAUGUUAAUAUGUUAGCACAUCUACAAACCCUAAAAGUUAGCAGCUUCCUGCUUAAUAGAAACCAUACAAGAUUGACAAAUGUGGUAAGUAAAACCUUUGGAGUCCUUCACACAAUCAUGUCAAAAAUACAGUUGUCAGAGUGUGUUUUUCCUUCUGGAUUUGAGCCUAAUCCUCCCUUGCUGUCUUUUGUUUCUUCUCUUUUAGAAUCAGAACACUUAUUCUAUACCAGUGAGUAGUAAAAUUAGUCACAUGUUCUUAUGUUGUAGGAGAUCACAGUUAAGAGAUUGCCUUUAGUCUCACAUGACACAUGGACUGUAGUCUUUCAUAGUGUUAUAAUUGUUAAAUACUUUGUGGGUCUUUCAGGUUGUAGCCUAUUUUACUUAUGAGGUAAGGGUAAAGUUGGGGAAAAGAGAAGAAUUGUUAUGAUUAAAGCUUUGUGGCUAAAGCUAGCAUGAUGACUUUGGGAACAAACUUAAUUGCCAACAAGACCCAUUCCCAUGAUAUUGUUCCCAGUUCUUACAAAAUAUAAAGAGGUAAUUACCUCUGAAUGUUGUCCUCUGAUCUCCAUGCAUGGGCUGCCACAUUUACAUACAUACAUACAUGUGCCAAGACAAAAUAAACCUAAAUUAUAUUUUGAAUUAUGUUUGUGUUUUAUGUUGAUGGGUCAAGAGGUAAUGCUUAUAUCUCAUUUGUUAACUCCAUGAGUUCUAGCAUGUGAGAAGCAAGACUGAUUGUUGAUUUGCAAUUUCUUCAUUAGUUUAAUGGACAACAGAAGAUCUGGUGAUUGUGCUUGGAAGCAUAAGCUGGAAAUGCUGCAGUAUAAGAAAAUACCCUGAUAACAACUAUUCAUCAGUCUCCUGCUUCCUGACUGUGGAUGGAACAUGACUACCUGCUUUAAGCUCCUGUCGCCUUUACUUUCUUACAUGUGUGGUGGUUGGAGUAAGACCCCAAGGGCUCAGAGAUUUGAAUGCUUAGUCAUCAGGCAGGAGCACUUCUUUAAAAGGAUUAAGCAGUGUGGCAUCAUUGGAGUAAGUGUAUCACUGGGGGUUGUAUUUAAGUGUUCAAAAGCUCAAAGCCAGUGUUUCCCUUUUCUUCCUGAUUGUGGAUCAAAAUGUAAAAUUCUCAGCUACUUCAUCAUAUCUGUCUCCACCAUGUUCCCUAGCAUGCUCCCUACAAUAAUGAUAAUGUUCAAAACUUCUGAAACUGUAAACAAGCCCAAUAAAUGCUUUCUUUCUAAUAGUUA